CCGACAAGACGUUUAGCGGAUGACUACGCUUCAAACUUAUUUAUAAGCCCGCUGCUUCGUGCCACACAAAUUAGUUUAUUUUUGUUGCAGGUUUAUUGAAGUAUUAGUAAAUCAUUCAAGUGUAUCGCUGUUUAAUUUGUUAGGUAAGAUGCAAAUAUUUGUGAAGACGUUGACUGGCAAGACCAUAACUUUGGAGGUUGAACCCAGUGACACUAUUGAGAAUGUGAAAGCCAAGAUUCAGGACAAAGAGGGCAUUCCUCCUGACCAGCAGAGACUGAUCUUUGCUGGGAAGCAACUAGAAGAUGGGCGCACCCUGUCUGAUUACAACAUUCAGAAAGAAUCCACCUUGCACCUUGUCCUGCGUUUGAGAGGAGGUAUGCAAAUAUUUGUGAAAACUCUCACAGGCAAGACCAUCACUCUGGAGGUUGAACCCAGUGACACCAUUGAGAAUGUGAAAGCCAAGAUUCAGGACAAAGAGGGUAUUCCUCCUGACCAGCAGAGACUGAUCUUUGCCGGCAAGCAACUUGAAGAUGGGCGUACCCUCUCUGAUUACAACAUUCAGAAAGAAUCCACCUUGCACCUUGUCCUGCGUCUGAGAGGAGGUAUGCAAAUAUUUGUGAAAACCCUCACAGGCAAGACCAUCACUCUGGAGGUUGAACCCAGUGACACCAUUGAGAAUGUGAAAGCCAAGAUUCAGGACAAAGAGGGUAUUCCUCCCGACCAGCAGAGAUUGAUCUUUGCUGGCAAGCAACUAGAAGAUGGGCGCACCCUGUCAGAUUACAACAUUCAGAAAGAAUCCACCUUGCACCUUGUCCUGCGUCUGAGAGGAGGUAUGCAAAUAUUUGUGAAAACCCUCACAGGCAAGACCAUCACUCUGGAGGUUGAACCCAGUGACACCAUUGAGAAUGUGAAAGCCAAGAUUCAGGACAAAGAGGGUAUUCCUCCUGACCAGCAGAGACUGAUCUUUGCCGGCAAGCAACUUGAAGAUGGGCGUACCCUGUCUGAUUACAAUAUUCAGAAAGAAUCCACCUUGCACCUUGUCCUGCGUCUGAGAGGAGGUAUGCAAAUAUUUGUGAAAACCCUCACAGGCAAGACCAUCACUCUGGAGGUUGAACCCAGUGACACCAUUGAGAAUGUGAAAGCCAAGAUUCAGGACAAAGAGGGUAUUCCUCCCGACCAGCAGAGAUUGAUCUUUGCUGGCAAGCAACUAGAAGAUGGGCGCACCCUGUCAGAUUACAACAUUCAGAAAGAAUCCACCUUGCACCUUGUCCUGCGUUUGAGAGGAGGUAUGCAAAUAUUUGUGAAAACCCUCACAGGCAAGACCAUCACUCUGGAGGUUGAACCCAGUGACACCAUUGAGAAUGUGAAAGCCAAGAUUCAGGACAAAGAGGGCAUUCCUCCCGACCAGCAGAGACUGAUCUUUGCCGGCAAGCAGCUAGAAGAUGGUCGCACCCUGUCCGAUUACAACAUUCAGAAAGAAUCCACCUUGCACCUUGUCCUGCGUUUGAGAGGAGGUAUGCAAAUAUUUGUGAAAACCCUCACAGGCAAGACCAUCACUCUGGAGGUUGAACCCAGUGACACCAUUGAGAAUGUGAAAGCCAAGAUUCAGGACAAAGAGGGCAUUCCUCCCGACCAGCAGAGACUGAUCUUUGCCGGCAAGCAGCUAGAAGAUGGUCGCACCCUGUCCGAUUACAACAUUCAGAAAGAAUCCACCUUGCACCUUGUCCUGCGUUUGAGAGGAGGUAUGCAAAUAUUUGUGAAAACCCUCACAGGCAAGACCAUCACUCUGGAGGUUGAACCCAGUGACACCAUUGAGAAUGUGAAAGCCAAGAUUCAGGACAAAGAAGGCAUUCCUCCCGACCAGCAGAGACUGAUCUUUGCCGGCAAGCAGCUAGAAGAUGGGCGCACCCUGUCCGAUUACAACAUUCAGAAAGAAUCCACCUUGCACCUUGUCCUGCGUCUGAGAGGUGGCAGUCUUUAACUUCAUUUGCUUGCAAUUUCUUUUCUUCUGAAGUAAUUUUUUCUCUAAUAAAUGUAGCAUUCUAAUA